AUGAGGGAUAACGGUAAAGAAUCCGUUCGGUUAUGCGAACACAUCGUCAGACAGGCAUUUGGAGAUGUAAUCUCUAGAGUCGCAUCAACCCUACUCAACAGGGGUCGAUUGCCUUUAUCGACGAUUUCGAGAUUAUCAGCUUUACCCAAACCUACCACCUCGGCUGCUCUGAUCAUAUUAAUCCAACACGACUUGGUACAGACCAAUGGAGCUUCAUAUAAAGAUACAGGAGACGAAGAACAGUAUGAACUUGAUACAUUGGCUUGUCUGUUGAGACUACGUUGGGGUAAAAUAUUAGCUAUCACCCAUCAGAGUUAUGACGAGGUGGCUUUAGAAGUGGUCAGGACUCUGAUGAUAUACGGGAAAUUGAAAGUACCUGAUAUUAUCAAUUCAUGUGGAGGAUCAAAUGAUGCUAUGCGCGCGGACAUCGUCAAUAACACUAUUAUCGCUUUGGUUAGAGCACAGUUCAUACGGCCUACUUCACCUGAAUUGCAUAUACUCGAAUCAGAUCAGGUACUGAGGCGAUAUCGUAGACACCGAGAAGAGAUGAAACAGAAUAAAGGUACCGCGAUGUUAUCUGCCAACGACCUAGAUCACUGUGAGAAGAACGCUCAAUACGAAAUCAUACAAGAAAGAGAAUCGCUUCAGGAUAUACGGCGAGUGUUGAUCGAGAGACCUAAGAUAGAUAAGGAUAAAUCCAAAAAACGUGGAAAAAACAAAGCAGCUUUCGGGGGUGGAGGAGCGGACGAAUUCGAUUAUUCGCUACAACAAGAUGUUCAUUUGAGGAUAAACCAUGAUCGAUAUGGGAUAUUAAUCCGGAACGAACUUAUAGUCAAAGCUGCUGAGGAAAGAUGGAAUAAAUCAUUCGGAAUAGUAAUGAAAGCUACACUCGAUGCUGCUUUGAAGGAAUCGAGUAGAUUGAAUGAAGAGAGAACGAAUGAUAGUAUAGGAAUCAACGAGAUUGUCAGUCUAAUCCCAACAGAGGAUUAUAAAUACCUUACAGCAGGUUUAUUGAUUUCUUCAAAAUCUACUAUACCGGAUAUUGUAAGGAACUAUCUGAAUAUCCUUUCGGGAGAUGAUGGAUAUUCGAUAUCGGGCAAUAAUGGGAAUUUCUUGAGAAGAGAUAAUGGUACCAACCCUGGUUAUAUAGUAGAAUUCGAAUUGAUAUGUAAGAGGUUGAAACAGAAUUUACUGUAUCAGUUGGUAAGAGAGAAAUUGGGUGAUAAAGCUGCUAGAGUCUUGGCGGUGGUGAAUAAGAGUAGUAAGGCUUUUGAGACCACGGUCCGUGAUUGUGCGAUGAUCCCCCUCAAAGAUGCCCGCGCCCAUCUUGCCGACCUCCAACGUCUAUCCCUCGUCGAAACUCAGGAAGUACCCAAGACAGCUGCGAAAUCACGAAUGGGCCUACCGACCUCAGCUGAGUAUCAUCUAUGGGCCAUGGACGAAGCGCGAGUCUAUGGUGUCCUUUUGACGAACGUCUAUAAAACCUUGGGUAACAUCUUGCAGCGGAAAUCGGAGGAGAUAGAAAAUAAGAAGAUUGUAUUAGCUAGAGAAAGUAGAGUGGAGAAUCUGGAAGGAGGUAAAGGUUUAUUACAAUUGAAAGAUCAAGAGGAUUUAUUGGAGUUGGAUGACUACCUGAAGAAAUUGACGUUGGCCGAAGGGAGAUCGGAGAUUAAUGUUUUUAUACUGAGAGAUUUACCAGGUUCACCGGGACAGAAGUGA